UUUCUUCAGUUUGAAUUCGUGCUCCGAAGCCGGCACUUCGACGCUCCGCCGCCGACUGUCUGUACUUCUGCUGCUUCUUCAUGGCGCGAGACUGACGAUUUUUUUUAAAUUUCGUCUCUGUACUUUGGCUGCGGUAUAUCGAGUGCGGAGAAAAAUCGGCAGAGACGAUCCUUGCCGAUCUGUGUGAUAAUAUAAGCGACGGUUGAGAUAUAGUUUGAUAUCGCUAGAAAGGAGUCGACAUAGGCCUGUUCGAUGAGGCUGACACCGAUCGAGUUUUUCCAAUUCCAGGACACGAUGAAGGAAAACCUACAGAAGCAAGACGUGAAGCUCGAGUGGGAGAACCAUCAGCAGGAGGAAGGCUCGCCCCAUCAGGAGCCGCAGCAGCAAUCGCCCGUGGAAAGCCCGCGAAGUGUGAUAACCAGCCGUCGGCACGUGCGAACCAUCACCGCGACUGGUAUAAUCGAGACUCGCGUCGAAUCCGCGCCGAAUUCACCCGAGAAUGGACAAACUGACCUGCAGCAGCAGCAGCAGCAGCACAUUGUCCAACAGCAGCAGCAGCAGUCGAGGUCCAUAAAACAGGAGAACCAGGAGCCACCGCCGCCGUACACGGAGGAGCCACAUCAGCAGCAGUACCGCAUACAGAUGUCCCAUGAACACAGUCCCGAUGACCAGCAGAGAGUCGUCGAGCAGAAGCAACAGCAGCACGUGAUCUACGCGACGAGUAAUGGACAAGAGAUGCAGGUCGACGGGGCUGAGACUACCGAGGGGACCAUCACUUUGAACGUUGAGGAGAGGACUAGUAAUGAUAAAUGCGCAGCAAUAGACAGACUCACCACACAAAAUGUCAUCUACCUUACCAGGUACGAGACGCCAGCGCCGGAUCGCGUAGAGGUCGACGGCGUGACGUACGUGGCCUACAGCGAGAGUCAGCUUCGAGCCCGAGACGCUCACGUCAUCGCCGUCCAAGAGCACCAGCAGCAGCAGCAGCAACAACAACGCCAGUCAGUUCCCCCUCAACGUUACAGUCCCCACGACCAGGUCCCACAAGACCCACAGCAACACCAGCAGCGUUACCAGACCUCACCCGUUGCUUCGGAGACCUACGAGGCCCAGUCCCUGGUCUCCCAGACACCCGGCAACCAACAGCUCAGCUCUCCAGGUCAGAACUACUCUCCGCCGCUCGACGUCAUCAGGUCAGGACAGCAGCAGCAGCAACACCUGGUCGCCUAUACCGACGGUGCCAGCAUCAAGUACAGCGCCGAGGUCAGCGUCGCCGCGGAGAACCUCAAGCAGUCCAGCACGUACACCACUCUGGAGACGGUUCCUCUAGCGCCGACCCCAGCGGUACCUUACACCACCCAGUACAUCACCACCGAGGCGUUCCAGCAAGUACCGACGAGUUACGGCUACCACAAGCACCCGGAGAUCGUUCUUUGUCCUAUAUCUAGUCAAGCGAGAGGCGGCGAGAUCGACCACGCGACGAACGUGUACAUAAAAUCGGACCCGACCCUCACUUCCUCGUCGCUUAUGCGCACGUCUUUCCAAUACGAGCAGCCGUCCUCGCCGUCACAGAUAAACGGCUAUCCCGGCGGUUGUCAGUUCAUCAAGCCGACGAACGACCAGUACUGGGCCCAGUCAACGGGCCCUUCACCUCCGCCAGGAUUCGACUACGCGCAGGGCUACGGAGCGGUACCGAUCUCAGCCGCGGCCGUGGCCGCUGCUACCGAUCCCAACAGCAUCAUGUUCUCCGGUGGCUCUUACGUCACCAACGGGCCCACCUCGCCCUGGACGCCCAAUCCGAUUCUGACCAGUGCCGAGGACACCUUCGAUGGUCCCGGCGCGGAAAUCGGCAGGGAGUGCGUCAACUGCGGAGCUCAUACGACUCCACUGUGGAGGAGGGACGGCACCACUUACUUGUGCAACGCCUGCGGAAUCUGCAGCAAGACAAACGGCAUCAGCAGGCCGCCCACGCAGAGGGCCAAACCUAAGACGUCCGUACCACCGGUGAGUACUGGCGGCAGAAGACUAGGCGUGAGGUGCGCGAACUGCAGUACCACGACGACGACGCUCUGGCGGAGGAACAACAACGGCGAGCCGGUCUGCAACGCCUGCGGGCUCUACUUCAAACUUCACGGCGUGAACCGACCGAUGAGCAUGAAAAAGGACGGCAUCCAGACGAGGAAAAGGAAGCCGAAGAAUCACGCGAACGUGAACAACAAUCACGGAGUGUCGAACGCCAUCCACAAGCCCGAGAUCAAGUCCAGCCUACUCGUGGAGUCGAAGGUGCAGUUGAGCAUGUACGAAAACGGAGGUGGGGACGGUGGGGUCGAAGAGCAAUACAUAACCGCGAGCGAAGCGCAAAUAUCGCUGCAUCAGCCGUUACCUUCUUACUCGCCCCUAACAUUACCUUCCGCCGCUGUGCUCAAUCGCCAAACGACGCUUACCGUGCCACCGUUAGAACCAGCAACUAGUCGACCGAAUGGGGACUUGAUAUCAGUGAUAACGUCGACGACGGCAGCGCACACGGCCGCGGAGAGAUCAUCGUAAUUUCGCGGCUCGGCGCUGAGAUAUCUACAUUACCGACUGUAUUCUGCUUUGCCGGACACCGAAAGUAUCGAUCCGCUCGAUCAUCUCCGGCGACUGUCUCCAUCUCACGGCGAAGCGGUGAAGCGCGUUCGGGUGGUACCAACGCAUGUAGUGUUUUCAAUUUUUUUUUUUUUAUAUAAAAGUACAUUAUGAAGUUCAGAAGUUGGACGUAAGAUUAUUAUGUUGAAUGAGAAUUCGCCUAGAGCCCUUAUAUUCUGUAUGUAAAUAAAUAAGUUUUGUAUCGCGUGGUCCCAAAGAUGAUUUAUGUAGAUGUAAUUUAUGGAUGUAGUUUUUCUUUUUGAAUAUUAUUACCCCAAAGAGUAAUAUAUAUUAUAGCCAUGCUAAACAGAAAAUCGAUGUUCUAAGUAUAAAAUAAGCUCAACCUCUUGUUUCUAUAUACUGGGAAAUUAGUUUCGUUUCUUCUGAAAUCUUUCGAUGACUCUUAAAUUGGUAAUUACAUUACAUCGUGUAUGCAUGACUACCCAUGGUUCGAUUAGUAUUCAGGGGGUUGAGUUUUGAACUAAUUCAUAAAUUUGAUUGUAAAAUUUUAUUAGGUACUUAAUUAAUUGUGAGCUUUACUGCAUAGAAGCUUAUAAUUCGAUGAAAAUAUGUCGAAUCAUUAUUGUCAGUUGUAGUAUUGUCGUCAGGGCAAUUUUGUAAUUAUAUUAUAUACAUAUAUUUAUAUAUAAUUGGAUAUAUACAUGAAAAGUUAAUUGAAAUGUAUUUGAAAUAUAGUUAAUAUAAUUUUUAAUACUAUUGCAUGAAGUAUAGGAAGAGAUUGUCAGAAAAAAAUAAAUAAUAUGAGUGAUUACAAAAAGUAA